GCGACGGUCCAGACCCGCCGCCGCUCGCGCUCGGGUGCCGCCCUCUCCCCCUCCCCUCCCCUCCCCGCCGCGGCCGCGCCCCCCGUCCUCUCCACGCCGCAUCUGCCGGUCCGCCCGUUACCCCGCGCGCGGCCGUAGGCGCGGCCAGGGUCGCCGCCUGAACCGCAGGGGGACAGCGGCUGGGGCGGGAGGGGGGGCGGCAUCAUCUAGCUAGGGUUCCCCAUGGACGGUGGCGAGAGGACGUUCAAGGCGAACUUCACCGGCGAAGGGGUGGCCCUGCUGCGGGACUGCGUCAAGGAGAAGCUCAGGGAGCUCAUGGGCGACUACUCGGACGACACCCUCGCGGAGUAUGUUGUGGUUUUGCUCAGAAACGGGAGGCGCAAGGAUGAGGCUGCAAAGGAGCUGCAGGUUUUUCUGGGCGAUGACAAUGACGCAUUUGUAUCCUGGUUAUGGGAUCACCUCUCCUCAAAUUUGCACCAUUAUGUGCAACCUAAUGCUGUCUCUACUAAUGAUGAAGCUAAAAGCAGUUACAGUACUGCUAGAGAACUGCCUGUUUGUAGUUUGACUAGCAGUAUAAAGACUAAUCCUGAACCUGAAACUGAAACCCAGAAGACAUCAAGAACUCAUCAGAAAAGAGAGUGGGGAGGAAUUGUUCGAGAACAAACAGAAGCAGUUCCCCUUCGAAGUGUUGUAGCCAAAGUUUCGCAUGCAGAGGAAAAAGCUUUUCAUAAAUCACAUGAAGUGGGAAAAGCUUUUCAUAAAUCACAUUCUGUAAGACGAGCCUGCUCACCUGACAUGCAUAACCACAGAAAGAGAAGCAGAGAGGAGGAUGCUCGAUUGACCAAGAGGGCAUCCCACCAAGUGAUUGGUGCACCGUGCCGGCUUCUUCAGUUUGCUGUUCGUGAUGCUGUCAGAACUGUGCAGCCAGUGAUCUCUAGAUCAGAAUCAGCUUCCAAGCGACUUCGUUCUGUGGUUUCUACCUUGGCAUCAGAUUCCGCAUUUGAUGUUACUCAUGUUGGGUCUCAGAGAAUAAAUUCUGAUAUGAGAAUAUCAGGUGCCACAGCAGCAUUAAGAGCUGCAGCUGAGGCUGCUGAGGAUGUUCUUAAGGACAAAUAUUCUGCAAGCGUGUUUAACAGAUUGGGCGGAAUGCCUACAUUGAAUGCUACUGAAGAAUCACUCACUUUUAGAGAACAAGAUCCAGAAGAUGGAGAGUACGAGAAUAUCAAUAGUGUCCCAGCAGAAAAUAAAGUUGAAUUUCAUGAAAGAAAUCAGUAUGGUGGCGGUGAUGCUUACAUCUAUGAUCGGGAAACAGCGGAAGCUGCUGGUUCUGCACCAGAUAUUGAUGAGUAUGAUAACACUAUUGCAGUUAGGUACAAUGGUUUGGGUUCUUGCCGAAAUACAUUGCCUUCUAGUGGAGGCAAAGAGUCAUUAGUAGUGGGAUACACACGAGGAGCUGCUGAAGUAAGAAGCCGGAAGUUUAUAGCGCAGGGGACACAUGCUGGUUCAGGACCAAGACCAUCCAAAAAGAUCUUAAAUACUUCUGCGAACAUUAGUACACCGAAGCUUCCCAACCAUGAAACAAGGGAUGCUGCUCCAUUUGAGCCUCAAGCGUCAAUGGAGAAGAGAAGUGUUGAUGCAAGAAAGUCAAAUGUGACAAUAGCACAUGCUAACACUGCACCCAUGACUGAUAAGUCCAAAGAUUUGAUACAUUCUAGUUCUAUGGUGGAGGCACAGAAGGUGUCAUCACUUGCUGUUGGAUCAUACUCUACAGGUCAACCUGAAGGUGGCACUGACUCUAGAACUGUCUUCAUUAGCAAUGUACAUUUUGCUGCAACGAAAGAUGCUCUUUCUCGUCAUUUCAAUAAGUUCGGGGCUAUCCUGAAAACACUGAUUAUGACUGAUGGUGUCACUGGUCAGCCAACAGGCUCAGCGUACAUUGAGUUCAUGCACAAAGAAUCAGCAGAGCAGGCAUUAACCCUUAAUGGCACAUCUUUCAUGUCACGCAUUUUGAAGGUUGUUCGAAAAAGCUCUAUUGAAGUGCCCCAACUUUCUGGCAGGCCCCGUGCUUCUCGGGGAUCACCAUUUGCUUCAAGGCUCAUUAGAACUGCAUACCCAAGGCGGAUGUUUUCUGGUGCUAUUCGUGGGCGUCUACCACUCAGAGGUGGUGCUCGGAGUUUACAAUGGAAGCGUGACACUGCUGAUUCCACUGAUGCUGGGAAACCCAGUCAAACGACACCUGCAACCCCUGGUAAUCAGUUGGUAACCCAAACCGCACGAAGCUUCACCUACACACGCACUGAGCCAAAACCCAAUGAUGGUGCGAUGGUUUGAUUGCUCAGCCGCAGCAUGCCACUGCUCUUGAUGGAUCUCGCAGAAAUAGCUCAUUGAUGGCUGUUUCGUGGUUCAGCCUCUUUUGGUAAAUAUUAAGUAGAUGCAGAUCGUAGUUAGUAGCAGGCUGGUUUUUGUGGACCUCAAACUUUGAGCCAUAUUCUGUGAGGUUUUCUGUGCUUUUUUCCCAUUCGUUGCGCGCUCAUGCUGUGCUGGCUGGCUGGCUGUGUGAAGUUUGUGCACAGAAAAUAUAUAUAAAAAAAAGAGUAAAGGAAAUGGCGAAUGCAAUAGGAACAUUUCAACAUUUGUUAUUAUUAGUAGAUGAUUAUUCGGCCUCCACGGUUUCCUUGUCAAAUGAUGUGAUCAUGCCCAAAUAUGUAGUUUUAGUAACUUCUGCUUAUUUAACUCGAGGAUAUCUUUUUCA